AGUAGUUUAGACCAGGCCUAAACACUGGGUGUGUGAGUGAGAGCUAGUAGUGAGUGCGUUUGUUGGUUUUAAGUGAAGGUGCUCGUACAAAAAAAAAUAUCACCUUCUUCUAAAAGAAGAACAAGAAAAAACAAGCGAACCGAUUAGAACCUGAGAACCUUUGGCCAGCAGCAAAGCUUGGUAUUUUAACGUUAACCUUCGAAGAGUUCAGUUUAAAUCUAGACUAGCGUUGCUAAACACGAAUAUCGCAUAUACAUAUCGAAAAUCGGAUAAGAAUAUUUAACAUUCAAACAUAAAAUAAUAUAUAUUGUGUAGUGGAAUCAAAAUGAAUAAAGUUCUUAUUUGCCUCAUCAGUUUAGUGGUCCUUUCAACAGGACAACGUAUAACUACCAUACAUCUGGAUGGUGUACAAUAUUUCAUCAGUCGCAUGAAUCCAUAUUCGCCAGAAUUAAAUUACUUUUUGGCUUAUCAGUACUGCCGUUCAUUGGGCCUACAGUUGGCAUCGUUCGAAACUAAAGAGAAGGCUGAAUCGAUGACAACUUAUUUGAAAAAUGCUGGCUACGGCAAUUACGAUUUCUGGACUUCUGGUAAUCGUUUGGGAACAGGCAUGUUCUUAUGGAUGAGCACUGGUUUGCCAUUUAAUGCCACAUUCGACUUUUUCGAAAAUACAGCUGAUGCCAUACAAGCUGGCCUCCUCGAUCCUGUUGAUCACAACAGCAAUACAUCACCUCAGAGAACCGCCAGAGACAGCAGCAGCGGGGCCGAAAAAGGUUGUGUUGUUUUGAAACAGCCCACAUUGAAAUGGAUGCCAGAAGACUGUUCUGCAGUGAAAGAUUUUAUUUGUGAACAAACACGUUGCUACUACUACAAUUAUGGUAGUAUUCCAGUCUCUUCAGCGCAGGGACGCCCUAUUACCACUACUACACCACGCAGCAUUAUUGCCGAUGUUAGUAAGUCGGAAAUGAAAACCACCACACCAUUGCCACUGUUAAUGUCCUCUUAUGCAACAGCCAAGAAAUCAAAUCAGCCUUCAUAUGUUUCAUUGAAAUUGGAUCAAGAGCGUGCCUUGGUAUCCAGCAAAACCGACGAUAUUCACAACAACGAGCAGGACAACGAAGAGGAACACGAGGACGAUGAAUCGAACAACAGUCAAGGGGAAGAAGUUCAAGGACGUGACUUAACAAAUGAAGAAUUUGAUCAUGACGUCGAGGUUAGCCAGCAAGAAAACUCUGAAGAAGUACAUGACGAACAUGACGAACACGACGAUGCACAUGAGCAGGAUGACAACAAAUCCAGUGACCAACAAAACGAUGAUGUUAGCAAAUUAAACAGUUCACAUUCCCAAGAACAGGAAGAAGAAUCCGAAGAAUUAGUGGCUAAGGAAAAAUCAUUGGAAAGUUACGAAAUCGAAAAUACCCCCGAAUUACCGGCGGUUGAAGUACGACUAAAGGAGAUUUCACAAGAAGUAGAAAAGAGAAACAACGAUGAAAACAGGCACAUCCCCUCUCUAACACCCGAUCUCGAUGAUAUUGGCCGUCAAUCGUUUCUCUCGCUAACUGACCUCAUACGUACAUUGCAUCCCAAUGACAAACAAAUUAUACCACAAAUUGAUUCCGAUUAUUCGAAUGCAAUGCGUGUGUUGGGCGAAAAAUCUGUGGUGGUCAAUACAAAUGAAGAAUAAUUAAUUAUCG